GGAAACUAUGCAGUCCUGGUAGAUCUCCACCUUAUGGCACAAGACUCCAGUGAGGACAAUGUGUGGCUUUCUGAUCAAAAGAGAGAGGAGAUCUGUAUGCUUCUGAAGGACACUGUUGAUUCAAGAGUGAAGCAGUACCUGAGAGCUCAUAAACGACAUGGUCAGGGGAAGCAAACGGAAUCCGCCAAAGCAAAUCCUUUGUUUAUGCAAGGGAAUGACUUUCACAUUUCAGCUUAUUUUGUCAAAAGAUGGGUCAACUUGCGAUGUAUUGGGAGACAGCAGGACAGUGAUUUGCGUGUAUUUCCAGAGCGCUUUGUGAUUUGUGUCACAAAACUUGAAUCCAGUCCACCUCCUUGGGUCAGUGAAAGUGUGGCACCAAAAGAGAACCUGCCUGCUGGGACAUCAACAUACUUUGGAGAAUCAGCUGAGGAUGGAAAGUGCAAGACUUCUCUCACCCAACAGAAAAAGCAAGACAUCCUGAAAAAGAUAGUGAAGAGGACAACAAUCAAAAAGUCUAAUGAGAUGAAAGCCCAGCCCAGCAAGGACACCAUUGAUGUAUAUCUUGGCUUACUGUGCUCAGACAGCGAGUAGGAAGAAUGCGUUCCAGGCUCCUUCUGAUGCUUUGUCUGAAGCAAAUCGUAGGCAUCUGGCACAGCCAACAGACUGCGUAAAUACAGCUGAGAGCAGCUUGAGGCUUCCUGUUUCAGAACAGGGACUGCAAUACGAACUGGAGACAGACAAACCCUACUAGCAGCCAGCACAAACUUCAUUUUGCGGCAUGGUUAGACAUGACUUCGACGCAGGAACCCUGGUGGUGCUGUGAGUCAGCACGACCACAUCCAAACCAGAGUCAAAGGGUGACUGAAAAUGCAUGGAGUGCUGUUCUACGCAUGCAAGACCAGGAGGAGUUAGAGAGCCUCUGAGGCAGGAUCGCUCGUUUCCCAGACAAGCAGCCGGGCUCAUUGUUUGGAGCCAUCUUUUGGAGAUGUCCCCCCCACACACACACACCCACACCAAAUCCCACAUUGUUUUUAAGUGAGGCUUGGCAGGAUCCAUGUCUGAUGGAAGAGUUGCGUACAUGAAGAAAAACCUCCUCCUGGGACAUGUAUUUAUGAGAAACAUGGCAGCUGUUGUGCAGACAAACCCAAAACAGCCGCAGCCACCAAAGAGUAACCCUUAAUGUUUCUUUCCCCCUUUAAGCUAAGCAGAGAGAGAGAGAGAGAGAGAGCGCAAUUCAAAAUGUGGGGGAAA